AUGCCUACGCCCAGCCGGCAGGCGUCCGACGGCAACCUGCGGGUGAGCGAGCGAGACAGGGACCACGGCCACAGCAACGUCGGCUGGUCGGCCGCCAACGCUUCUCGGCAUGCUCCGCCGUCUCCCGGCUACGCCCCUUCGCAUGCUGGCAGCUCGUCGGCCAGCGCCUUUGACCUGCCGGGCCACUCGCUCUUCCUCAGCGACCCGCACCGCCUCUCUGUCCUCUCGCUCACCAUCGAUGCCACCACGGCCAUCUCGCAGGCCGCGUCACCCGCCUCCAGCUUCACCCGAGACCUGUCUAUCGAUCACGCUCAUCCUGGCCCCAUCGACUCGCCACGCAGAGCUGCACCCCCCAGCGCCUCGCACGCUGCCUACCAGCAUCCGACCAACAAGCGCAGCUCUCUCGCCGCUCCCGAAACCGGACCUCGCCACGGCGCUUUCCGCCCAAAGAGCGUCGAAAUCGGCCUGCGGGCCCGAGAGGCGUUCACCGAGCUCGGACGCAGGGCGCGCGAAGCGGCAGGCAAUCUCGAUAGGAGCCCAAACGUUGAUGCUCUGAGCCACGUAACACAGCACCUCAAUCCAGACACUGCAAGAGUCGGCGGGACUGGGCCACUUGCCGACGCCAAGAGCCUCCGCAGCCGUCCGACCACAUCGGAGAGCCAUGGUGAGGGUAGCAGCGUCCAGGUCCGGCGUCGAACCACGGCCAAGCUGCAAAGCCUCACCUUUGGCAGGGACAGCAGGCUCACCACCUCGGUCGUACCGCUCGACCUCGAGACCGACUGCCAGCUUCUGGGAAGUUGCGAGAACGAUGAUGCGUUCCACGGCGCCAAGGACGCCGGCUCUCUGCAGCGGGGGCCAAUCGCCCACACUCACGAAGCGAUCGCGUUUGUUGCGGAUCCCAGCGCGCGCGGUGGUGCACAGCCCGGCGCCUUUUCCGCAGCGGUGUCCGAGAGCGGUGACGACGGAGCGCCGCACAGUGCCAACCAAAGCCUGGAUCGGACGCCCUUUGAUCCAUCCCGACUCUUGCUCAAGAUCGAGCCGCCGGCCGAACACGCGCGGCGCGUCUGGGCACGACGCCUUCCGAGGGCUUCAGCGACGAGCGAAGAAGUGCACUCGGUCGAUCUCCGCUUCCGCCUUCGCCUCUGCGCCAGCGCCGAGGCGCCCUCGACGCCCCUGACAGCCAAAUCGAGCACCAGCGCGACCAGCUGGAACAACGCCAACUUUGCGCAGUCGUCGGCAUCGAAAGGCCUCGAGGAGGUGCUCUUCGUGUCCGCCGACUCGUCCCAGAAGCUGGUCGACGCCAUCGACAUGGCCAGCUCCGCCCUCACGUCCGCAGAGGCCGCUGCGUUGGAGGGCGUGUCGCGGGUAGUCGUCAAUCCCUCUCCCGCCGCGGCUGGCGGGACGACCCGCGGGGCCAGGGACUGCGACUUCGAGUGGAAGUGGAAGCCGAUGCGGCGCUCGGAGACGACUGGCCCCCUGGGCGCGGCCAAAGGUCCAGGGACGGGCAAGUGCUGCUGCGCAUUCGUCGAAGUCGAUGCGGGCCGGACGAGGGCCAAGGUGCUUGCCGCCUUCAGCUUCUGGGUCGACGUCCCAGCUGCCCCGAUCGCUCCCAAGCCUGUCGGCACCGAGGCCAAGCGCGGCAGUGUCAUGCCGUCCGACUCUCUCGCGCUGAUCGCAGCCUGGAACCAAGACCCAAGCCGCAGCGACCUGUUCGAUGCCGAUCCUGGCGCAGCAGCGCUCGCAGGCGUCUCUAGGGUGUCGGUGGCCGAUGACGGCGCAGGGGCCGGGCCAGCGGUACCGCAUGUCGAUCACACCGAGAUCUCGCUCGCGGACCUCGAAAGCGAUUCGCCCAUCUUGAGAGCCGCCAUCGCCAACCUUGAUCGCAGGUCGGCAGCGCUCAAAAGGGUGGCGAAGGCCGCGCUGAAGGCUGCCCACGACGCUCGCAUGCGGAUUCUCGCGUCCAUGGAGGCCGAGGAUGCCCUGGACGAAGCGAUGCGGGAUCUCGCCGCGCUUGCGCCCAACACCCUCUCGCCGCUGCGACAAAGCCUCGGUGACGAGUCGCGAGAGCGCACCUCGAGGUACAGGCGGGAGCAGGCGACCAUGCUGGAGCAGAACAUCGAGCGCCCUCUUGCCCAGGUGCUGGACCAGUGCCGCACGGCGAUCGAGCAGAUCAAGAGCUUCGAGGCCGAGUCCAAGGCGUACUACUCGCAGACCCAAAAGUGGCUCUCGAGCCGCGUUGUGCCGGAGACGGGCAACAGCGCGUUUAGCUCGUCCUCGAAUGGCCACGUCAACGGCGGUGGCGACAGGUCGAUCAAGCAGGAGAGGGCGGAUGAGAAGCAGCGUCUUCGCCAGCUCCGCUUCGACCACGCCCGUCUCGACCUCUAUCGCAUCCUCAGCAGGCUCCAUGGCGGUCAAGCCGAGUUGGAACUGACGCGCUGCAUGCUUCGGCUCUCGAACUGGCAGGCAUCUGCGCCGCAUACGAUCUGGGGACCAGGCUGGCCUGGACCUCAGGCUUCUCGUACCCUGGCCGACCUCACCUCGGGCGUCGAGGCCGCGGGCAGCGCAAUCAGCCUACGCGCUGGCGCGGUGAAGCAAAAGUGCGACGAGGUCGCCGAACAGAUCCGCCUGGUCGAGCUCGGCCUAAAGAGGGCGGGCGAGGCAGACACGGGGCCGUCGUACGCCUACGAAGACGUCGAGCUCGGCGGUGCGGACGUGUCCACCAAUCCCGAUCCUGCGGCCAGCGAGCCCGACUACGGCAGCGCCAAGGGCGCAAAGCAGGCCGGGCAAAAAAUCCGCAACUUUUUUGGCGGUCUCAACCUGGGCAAGCAGGCGCCGACGGCGCCUGGCAGAACGCAAGAUGCAGGGACGGGCCCGACCGCGUCUCCAAUGAGCAAGAGCAAGGCCUCGGGUGGAGAUCAGGGUAUGACCUCUGGAAUCAGGCGCAAAGUCUCCCUCAAGGUCCACUCGUCUCGGCCCGCUGCUGCCGGCACUCCGAUUGCUUCGCCAAGCCUGCAAUCUCCUAACCCGAUGGACAGGCUGUCGGACGUGCCGCCGCGCGAUCUGCACAGCGUCGCGUCGCCGAGGCUCCCGGCGCCGACGGCGAUGGAUGUUGCCGCCAGCUCCCGCGCCGCCGUCGACCUGCCCAAGAGCCCGCUACUCGAGCACGUUUCGAAUGCCAACGAAUACCUGAUGGCCUACGGCGCGGCCGUAAAAGAAGCUGUUCGGCCAAGCGAGAAGCCGGUACCGAGGCGUGUCGACGAGGCCAUGGACGGCUCAACGGCUGGCGAGGCUUCUUCGACACUACCAUCUCAGCCCGCGAGCCUCGACGUGUCCCGGACGAGCUCCUCGGCAGCUGGCCUUGGCAUCGGCGGCCUGAACGUAGACACCCCAAGCGCCGCUGCGUCGCAAGCAUCGUCCGGCCCAUCAGCGUCUCGUGGCGUACCGAAACAGGUGGCGCCAGGACAGGAGAGGAAGAAGGAGGGCGUGCUGUGGGCUAUGUCGAAGCCGGUGACGGGGCCAGCUGGCUCCGACGCCCCUCGCGCCGUCAACCGCUCCAACCACUGGAGGGAGUGUUGGGUGGUCCUGUCAGGAUCCGGGCACAUCGGCGAGUACGCGGACUGGAAGGAUGCCAAGGUGUUGGAGCCGUCGAAUCCGCUCAUCGACCUCCGCUUCGCCACUGUGCGCGAGGCUCGUGGCGUCGAUCGCCGCUUCGCCUUCGAGGUCGUCACCCGCGACAGCCGACGCUUUUUCCAGGCGCCCGAUGAAGCCACCAUGCGCGACUGGAUGAAGGCCAUCGCCAAAGCCAUCGAGAGCCUGCUCAACGGCACCUCGAGCGUCCGCAAACUGGACCGGGCGGUCCGGGCGACCCCUUUCACCAUGGAUCCGGCGCUGCAGUCCGGCGCUGUGGCUGAGGACGGCAUGUUCGACGACUUCGGCGCCGUGGCGGGACGGAGCGACCUUGAGCAUUCGGCACAGAGGCCCUUCAGCCAGUCGAUGACGGACCUGGCCGGCGAGACGCGAGAUGUUCACAGGGCCGCGGAGGCCCCGAGCGCCUUCAGCGAGAGGCGGCGCGAGGGUCGCCGAGGUGGCCGGCACGCCUCGACUCUUUCCGAGAGCUAUGCCAACACCUCGGUCUGGAAGCAAGGGUCCAAGGAGGACAAGCCGAAGCGUUCAGCUUCCAAGCACGAGCGCGGCAUCUCGAACAAGACGCCAAUCUACGGUUACCUUGACAGCAACGGCAGCGCCCUCGGCCUCAGUGGCGGCGACGCCGACAAUGCACGUGCCAACCACCAGCGAGGGACAAACAUCAGCGAGGGUCUGUCGAGCUCGUCGUUCGAAGGCGACUCGGAGUUCGACCGCCGGAUCGAAGAGAUUGUCCAGAGCAGCUUUGGCAAGUCGUCGAUCGGUUCUCCGGCCCGCGAGACGCCGACCUCGGCGCCCGUCUCCGAGAUGGGCAAGCUGCAGCCGGACGCGGCGCAGCGGGCUCCAGACCACGGCUCCACCACUUCGACAAAGAUGUCCCGCGCCACCGAGAUCAUUGAGAUAUCCCACCGCCCAGAAAACUCGCUCUGCGCCGACUGCCGUGCACCGGAUCCGCGCUGGGCGUCUUGGGCUUUGGGGAACCAGCCGUGCUGCAUCUUCAUCUGCAUCUCGUGCUCGGGCGUGCACCGCUCGCUCGGCGUCCAUCUUUCCAAGGUCAAGAGCGUCGAUCUCGACGACUGGACAGAGGAGCAGGUCGAGGCCGCCCGCCAGUGGGGCAACGUCAAGGCAAACGAGCUGUGGGAGCACAGCAAGCCGGCCGGCCUGCUCCCCGCCGAGGGCGACCGCCAGACGUUUUGGAGGAAAAAGUACAUCGAGGCGGCCUGGAAGAGGCCCACCGACAAGGCGCAGACGCAGACGCCCUCCUCGCGGACACCGCGGGCCUCUGCGCCGGCGGCCAUGGCGCCGACGCCGGAUCGCGCCAGCGUCGAUCGGACCCCGACCAGGCUGCCAAAGGUGCGGCGAUCGGCCUCGGGCAGCCAGGCUCCGGCGGCGGCAGAGGGCGACGAGGCGGCAUCGCGUCAGACCUCUCCGAAACCGAGCGGGCCCCGACCCUUGCCGCCCUCGCGUUCGGGCUCGUUCGCAGAGCAUGGUUCGAGCGGCGGCAUCCCCUUCCGCCUAUCAAGGGCGCGGCAGACGAGCGACAGCGGCCGCGGCCCGAUCAAGCUCGCCUCCGACGCCCCCUCGGCGUAUGGCUUCGCCCAGCGGCCGGGCUACAGCAGCCGAUCGGCAAGCCGCGAGACGGGCGUGCAGUGGCCUUCGCUGGGUCCGAUUGACCUCGCAGCCAGCCGGUCCUACGACCAUGCGACGGGCGCCUCGUUUUUCGUGAGCGACCUGUCGAGCACCAGCCCGACGACGUACGAGAGCGCGGCGCGGACGUACAAGCCCGCCGACGUGCACCUCCACCUUCGCGAGGAUGCCCUGCGCUACGGCGGCGGCAACGACGACGACGAUCACGACGGUGGCCACGACGGCCUCGAGCACUUCCUGGGCCGGCCCUAG